AUGGAAGUCGUUGUGGAGGAGAAUACUGAAGGAGAAGAAGAAACUCUUGGGGAGCACUUGCAGCCCAUCAUCACCGCCGAACGCUGUCGGCUAUUCGCAGAAUUUUGA